CUUCACCCUUGUACUCAAACUGAUAUGAGCAUAUUAUCCCUGCCAAUAAAUAAAUAAAUAAAAUUGAGCAUAUUAUGAGCAGCUGUGAUUGUACACGACUCUCAUCGACUCGUGGGCCCCACUCGAGACGGUUGUCUUGUCCACCACCGCCUUCUUUCCUCUCGACCCCACCCCAACUCCAAAUUCCCAAACCCUCGCUCCGGCGACGGCGACGGCGACGGCGAGCAUGGCGGCGGCGGCGCCGGAGUUGGUGGACGACAUGACCUACGAGAUCCUCCUCCACAUCCCGCCGGACGAUCCCGCGUCCCUCGUCCGCGCCUCCCUCGUCUGCAAGCGCUGGCGUCAACUCCUCACCGAUCCCGCCUUCCUCCGCCGCUACCGCGCAUUCCACCGAACACCUCCCAUGCUCGGCUUCAUCCACAACGUUGACCACAGCAGCAACAGCUCCUACAUCCCCCGCUUCGUCGCCACCACCUCCCCCUCUCCAUUCUACCCCGAUUUCCCUCCACCGAGCAUCGAGUUCCCCACCUACUGGUGGGCGCUCGAUUGCCGCCAUGGCCGCCUCCUCCUCCAACUCUUCAAUCCCAUCGACCUCAUGGUCUGGGACCCGACCACCGGCGACCACCGCAUCUUCCCUCAGCCCCCGUACCUGGACUUCUACUGCACUGGGGCCGUGCUGUGCGCUACACGCGGCUGCCGCCAUGUUGACUGCCAUGGAGGCCCCUACCUCGUCGUCUUCGUGGGCACAGGAGAGGAUGACCACUCAUGGGCGUGCGUGUACUCGUCGGAGACUGGAGAGUGGAGCUCGCAGGCCUCCAUUGCGUUCGAUUCCUAUGUUGAGAUGUUGCCUGGCCUCCUCGUCCAAGACACGCUCUACUUCAGAUGUGAGCGUGGCAAGAGAAUUCUGGGGUAUGACAUUGGCAGGCAUGAGCUCUCGGAGAUCGACCCGCCCCCAUUGGGGCAUGAGGUUGGCAUCCUCAUGGAAUCAGGAUAUGGUGGGCUGGGAUUUGCUACUGUGGAAGAUUGCAGCAUCCUACUGUGGUCGCGGUAUGUGGGUGAUGAUGGCAUUGAGGAAUGGAAAAAAUCCUGGGUAAUUGGGUUGGACUUUCUGAAUCCGGUGGGUAACCCGUCGUUGUCGUGGGAACUGGCCGGUUUCGCCGAAGGCGUGCAUACCAUUUUCAUCUCAUCAGAGAUUGGUGUGUUCACAAUUGAGCUCAAAUCAGGCCAAGUGAAGAAGCUGUGUGAGGAGGGCUACUAUACCGUCGUCCCCUACAUGAGCUUUUACACUUCAGAUAUUGCUAUAUGGAGGCCGGAGGAACCAGCUGAAGACUGAAGUGCAGUGACCCAUCCAUUAAGCUUCUGGUAUCUUACAGAGCUAGUCCUCUUAUUAUCUUUUAAGAUGGGGAGUUGAAGUAAGAAGAGAGUACUAUGUGACCGUGCUCAGAUAAGAUGUUUGAUUUCAGUUUGUAAUGCAACUGAGAAAGGAUGGCUCACACAGUGAACAUUUGUUUCUUCUCAUUUAACUGCUUAUGAUCGUUACCAUGCAUAUAUAUCUUUGAAGUUUACAUCUCUUCUUAUCUGAGGUAAUACUCAAUCCAUGAUUUGGAAGCCCCACUUUGAACCGAUA